AUGUGUUCUUAUCAACAAGUGGCUGAAGAAGUAGUGGUGAGUGAAGCAGGCAUUGGUCGAUUGCAAAGGAAGAAUGUACCAAUCACCAUUAUGGCAACGAUGCAAAUAGCCUCAUCGAAACCAAAUAUAAACUUUUUUGAGUUUUUGAAAAGUCUCCGGGAAGUUAAAAGAACAAUCCUUGGACCGAAUCACAGCUUGCCUUUGAGUUUCGAAGUCUUGGCUCUUGUCACUCUGCCAGGAAUUCAUGACACGUCAAAGACGACCAAACAUCCAGCCAUCUUUCAUUCCAAGUAUUCUAACACAUAUUUUUCUUUCUCCUUCGCCCUGCAGGAGGACAUGGUGUGCCUGUCCUGCACGGCCACCGGCGAGAGGGUAUGCCUGGCUGCAGAAGGCUUCGGCAACCGGACAUGCUUCCUUGAAAACAUUGCAGAUAAGAAUAACCCGCCCGACCUCUCCCAAGGCGUCUUCGUGAUCGAGCAGGCGCUGUCGGUCAGGGCUCUUCAGGAACUCGUCACAGCGGCGGCCAACGAAGAGGAGAAUGCGGGCGUUGGCAAAGGCACAGGUUCGGGACACAGGACGCUGCUCUAUGGCAAUGCCGUCCUCCUCAGGCACCACACACUAAAAAGAAAACAAAAUCAAAUCAAUGAAAUUAGCAUCAGAAGCGAGCAUUUUGGAGGAUUUAAGAGGGUGAAUACACAAUCGAAUCCUACGGGACCCUGGCUCUGGGCUGAACGUCUUGUCUCUCCUCAGUACCUGGCCUGCCUCUCCACCAGCUCUUCCAAGGACAAGCUGGCCUUCGACGUGGGUCUGCAGGAACACUCCAAGGGAGAGUCGUGUUGGUGGACCAUCCACCCGGCCAGCAAGCAGAGGUCUGAGGGCGAGAAGGUUCGAGUCGGUGACGACCUCAUUCUUGUGUCUGUUGCCACCGAGCGAUAUCUGCAAGCAACACGCGAAGACGAGCAGAGCAUCGUCAACGCCUCCUUCCACGUCACCCACUGGUCCGUCGCGCCCUUUGGCACCGGCCUCUCCAGACUCAAGUUUGUGGCCUGUGUAUUCGGCGGAGAGGUCCUUCGGUUCUUCCACGGUGGUGACGAGUGCCUCUCUAUUCCUUCCACGUGGUCCGAUCAACCCGGGCAGAACAUCGUCGUAUAUGAAGGUGGCUCCGUGACCUCCCAAGCUAGGUCCCUCUGGCGCCUGGAGCUCGCCCGCACCAAGUGGUCAGGCGGCUACAUCAACUGGUUCCAUCCCAUGCGAAUCAGGCACAUCACCACCGGCAGAUACCUGGGCAUCAAUGAGAACAAUGACCUCGUCCUCUUGCACAGGGACGAAGCCACACUCGCUGCCACGUCCUUCUACCUGCGCGAGGAAAAGGACGACAACAAAGUGAUCCUCGAGGACAAGGACUUGGAGGUGAUUGGCACUCCACUCAUCAAGUACGGCGACUCCACUGUCAUCGUGCAGCACGUGGAUACCGGUCUGUGGCUCUCGUACAGGGCCUUCGAGAUCAAGAAGAAGGGCGUGGGCAAAGUCGAGGUGAAGCAGGGCACACUCCACGAAGAGGGCAAGAUGGACGACGGCCUGGUCUUCUACAGGAGUCAAGAGGAAGAGUCCCGCACCGCUCGCGUUAUCAGGAAGUGCUCGCAUCUCUUCACGAUCUUUAUCAAGGGUUUGGAUAACAUCCAGGCUUCUCGCCGUCACUCCAUCCUCCUAAGAACUGUCAACCUCAAGGAAAUGAUCAGCUGUUUGGAAGAUCUCAUCAACUACUUCGCAUAUCCCGAAGAAGAACUUGAACACGAGGAACGGCAGGUGGCUCUCCGUGCUCUCAGGAACCGCCAGGACCUGUUCCAAGAGGAGGGCAUCCUCAACCUUAUCUUAGACGCCAUCGACAAGAUCACAGUCAUCACGUCCCAGGGCUACAUGGUGGCGCUGGCGGGAGAGGAAGCUGGCCAGGACUGGGAGGUCAUCUCGGGAUACCUGUACCAGCUGCUGGCGGCGGUGAUUAAGGGUAACCACACCAACUGCUCCCAGUUCGCAAACAGCCACCGCCUCAACUGGCUGUUCUCCCGUCUGGGCUCCGCUGGCGAGGGCACCGGCAUGCUGGAUGUGUUGCACUGCGUCCUCAUCGACUCUCCAGAAGCUCUCAAUGUCAUGAAGGAAGAACAUAUCAAGGUCAUCAUCGCCCUGUUAGAAAAGUACGGCCGCGACCCCAAGGUACUGGACGUCCUCUGUUCUCUGUGCGUGGGUAACGGAACAGCUGUUAGGUCUUCGCAGAAUAACAUCUGUGAUUACCUGCUUCCGGGUCGCAAUCUCCUGCUGCAGACACAGCUUGUUGACCACGUAUCCAGCGCCCGCCCCAACAUCUUCGUGGGCCACGUCGAGGGCUCGGCCAUGUACCAGAGGUGGUACUACGAGCUCACCCUGGAUCACAUCGAGCAGGUGUCGCAUCUGUCGCCUCACCUGCGCCUCGGCUGGGCCAACACCAAGGGCUACGUCAGCUAUCCCGGAGGAGGCGAGAAGUGGGGAGGCAAUGGCGUGGGCGACGACCUCUACUCCUUCGGCUUCGACGGCUCGUACCUCUGGACCGGCGGGAGGUACACGCUGGUCAACCCUCAGGACUCGGAGCCCCUAAUCAAGAAAGGUGACGUGGUCGGCUGUGCCCUGGAUCUCACCGUGCCAAUCAUUACCUUUUACCUAAAUGGACGGCAGGUUAAUGGCGCUUUCACAGGUUUUAAUCUUGACGGCAUGUUUUUCCCCGUCGUGUCGGCGUCUUCCAAGCUCAGCGUGAGGUUCUUGCUGGGCGGUGAACACGGUCGCCUCAAGUACCCCCCUCCUGAUGGACACUCUCCCGUCUCCGAGUGCCUUCAGCCCUUCCAGACGCUGUCGAUCGACCCCUGCUUCUACUUCGGCGAGCAGCACAAGGGCACUCGCGGGCCUCUCCUUGUGGAAGACGACAAGGUGUUCGUGCCGAAGCCUGUCGACACUUCAACGAUCCAACUCCCCGGCUACAUCGAACAAGUACGAGACAAGCUGGCCGAGAACAUCCACGAGAUGUGGGCCAUGAACAAGAUUGAACAGGGCUGGACUUACUCGGAGCGCAGGGACGACCUCCGCCUCCACCAUCCUUGCCUCACUUCCUUCGAGAAGCUUCCGAUCAGCGAGAAGCGAUACGACUCCACGCUGGCUCUGCAGACGCUCAAGACCGUGCUGGCGCUGGGGUACCACAUCACCCUGGACAAGCCGCCCAGCCGAAUCCGCUCUGUCCGACUGCCCAACGACCCCUUCCUGCAGAGCAACGGGUACAAGCCGCAGCCUCUCGAUCUGUCACAGGUCAGCCUAACCCCGAAACUGGAGGAGCUGGUCGACCAGCUGGCCGAGAACACCCACAACAUCUGGGCUCGCGAACGUAUCCUUCAGGACUGGACUUACGGCCUGAACGAGGACCCUGACAUGCGCCGUUCGCCUCACCUGGUCAGCUACGCGAACGUGGACGAGGCGAUCAAGAAGGCCAACAGGGACACCGCCUCCGAAACCAUCAGGACGCUCCUGGUCUACGGCUACAUCCUGGAACCUCCCACGGGCGACCAGGCAGAAGGCGCAGGCGACGCCGAAGACACCAGCCGACGUGCCACCCUACACCGCACCUACCGCCUGGAGAAGACCAACGCGGUGACGGCGGGCAAAUGGUACUUCGAGCUGGAGGUGCUGACGUCGGGCCCCAUGCGAGUCGGCUGGCUGGAGGUCGGAAGCCCUCCCGGAGCCGAACUCGGAUCCGACGACAGGUCCUGGGCCUUCGACGGGUUCCAUGAGGAGAAAUGUCACGCGGGCACGAUGGAGAGCUACGGUCACAAGUGGCAAGUUGGAGACGUGGUUGGCGUGUGCCUUGAUCUGGUCGACAGAACCAUCAGUUUCUCGCUCAACGGAGAACUCAUGAUGGACGCGAGCGGCUCCGAGACGGCCUUCUGCGACGUGCAGGGCGACGCGUUCGUGCCGGCCUGCACCCUCGGCGUCGGCCAGAAGGCGCACUUCGUCUUCGGCCAGGACAUCAACCAGCUCAAGUUCUUCACUACUUACGGUCUCCAGGAGAGCUACGAGCCCUUCUGCGUGAACAUGGAGCGCCCCGUGACCUUCUGGUACACGAAGGACCAGCCCAUCUUCGAGAACAACGACGACCUCACCGAAUCCACCAUCGACGUGACCCGCAUCCCCGCCGGUUCCGACACUCCUCCGUGCCUCAAGAUCGCGUCCAAGAUGUUCGAGCAGUGCGAGAAGGCCAACUGGGAGUUCCUGAGGCUGUCGCUGCCCGUGGUGUGCGACCAGGAGUUCAUCGAUGAGGAAGAGAAGGCCAGGCGAUGGCAGGAGGUGAGGAUCCGGCAGAACAGGAUCCAGAGCGGAGACCUUCAGGGCCCCGCCCACUUCGAGAGCUCCCUCGUCGAUACCGGCUUCUCUAUGUCCGACAUCAAAGAGCUGCAUUACAACGAGGAAGGUGUAGAGGCCGAUGAAGGAAUCGUGCGCAAGGAAGCAGCCGUCACUCCAGAGAAGGCCGCCUCCCUGACGCCCGAGGUGAACGGCGUGACGGAGGAGGGCGCCCCUGAGCCCGCCGAGAGGAAGAAGCGGGGCAAGUCUCCCUUCAGGUUCUUCAGCAAGAAGCGCGAGGCCAGUGCUGAGCGAGGUCGGAGCAAGGGACGCACCCCUGAGCCGACCUCCAACAGCCUCGAGCCCCAGCGACCCGCUAAGAAGAAUCGUUCUCCCUCCGUCAGGCUAGCGCAAGGCGAGGCCAAGCUCGUCCCGCCAGCUAUCCCGGAGAGACAGGGCGCGAGCGACGAGGCGCGCGAGGAACAGCUGUUCGACGCCGGCUGCCUCAAGCUCAUGAACGAGUACUUCUACGGCGUGAGGAUCUUCCCCGGCCAGGACCCGGCGCACGUGUACAUCGGCUGGGUCACGACGCAGUACCACAUCCACGACACCGCCUUCGACCAGAACAAGGUGCGCUCGGUCAUCGUGCAGGAGUACACGGAGGAGGGCCACAUCAAGAGCGCUGUGGAGCGACACAGCUGCUACAUGUUCCGCGCCGACGAGCUCCACGCAGAGGUGUCCUCAGACGUGGGCGGCAAGGGCACGUCGCAGGGCAUGUUCAUCGGGUGCUUCAUCGACACCUCCACGGGCUUCAUCACCCUGCAGUGCGACGGCAAGGACACCCGCCACAAGUACCGCAUGGAGCCCGGCACCAAACUCUUCCCCGGCGUGUUCCUGGAGCCCACCAGCAAGGAGGUGCUGCAGAUCGAGCUGGGACGCACGGCCACCACGCUCCCCCUCAGCGCCGCCGUCCUCCAGAACAGCGAGAAGCACGUCACUCCCCAGAUGCCACCGCGCCUCAGGGUCCAGAUUCUGAAGCCCCACCAAUGGUCUCGAGUCCCCAACACGUCCCUGAGGAUCCACGCACUCAAGCUGUCAGAUAUUCGUGGCUGGUCCAUGCUGGCUGAGGACUCGGUGCCCAUGCUCGCCCUCCACAUUCCCGAGGAGGACCGGUGCAUCGACAUCCUCGAACUCAUAGAGUACGACAAAUUACUCGCCUUCCACACGCAGACGUUAGCCCUGUACUGCGCCGUGUGUUACCAGAGCAACUACAGGGCCGCCCAUACAUUGUGCUCUCACGUGGACCAGAGGCAGCUGCUGUACGCCAUGCAGAGCGAGUACAUGUCGGGCCCGCUCAGGAUGGGCUUCUACAACCUCGUCAUUGCAUUGCAUCUGGAGAGUUUCGCUAAUACAAUGGAGGUGACCCAGAACGAGUUUAUCGUGCCGCUGAGCAACGACCUGAAGGAGAUCUAUCAGGAGGAGGGUAUGGGCAACUCCAUGUCAGCCACACACACCGAAUCCGUCCGACCUGUCAUGACCAUGUCAGAUAUCUCUGCCAACAUCGAAACGAUCAAAGGCCUCUCGUCACCUUACUUCCCUCUCGACGUCGCCCGCGAGUUCGUCAUGGCUUCUCUCAACGAGGCCGUCAACACGAACCAGGUGCACAACAGGGACCCCAUCGGCGGCUCCAACGAGAACCUCUUCGUGCCGCUGCUGAAGCUGGUGGACAAGCUCCUCUUGGUGGGCGUUCUUCAGGACGAGGACAUCACAAGACUCCUCAUUAUGAUCGAUCCUCAGACGUGGGACGCAGAGUUCGACCCCGAGGGCAAAGACGAAAACAGGAAGGGUAUCGUACAAAUGGAGAUCGCCGAGGGAGUAAAGUUGCAACUGUGCUACGUCUUGCAUCAUCUUCUGGACUUGCAGAAGCGCCAUCGCGUUGAAAACAUCAUCGCAUUCGCGCAGGAUUACGUUGGCGAUAUCCAGCAAGACCAGCUGCGGCGCUACAUCGAGAUCAAGCAGUCCGACCUUCCUUCGUCUGUCGCGGCCAAGAAGACGCGCGAGUUCCGCUGUCCUCCUCGCGAGCAGAUGAACGCUAUCCUCGGCUUCAAGACGCUCACUGACGAGGAGCUCGAGGAGUCGCCCUGCCGGGAGGAGCUGAGGGGUGUCCUCAUUGACUUCCACGACCUCCUUAUGGUCAAGGCUAAGAUCCCUGGUGGAGAGGAGGAAGAAGGAGAAGCCGAGGAAUCACCGGAACCCGAGUCGAAGGGCGUGAUGUCGAAGGUCCUUGCCGUCCUCAGCGGAAACAAGGAAGAGGCUCCAGAACCGCCGGCCAAGGAACCCAUCGUCCUCGACAGCGCCGACAAGUUCAAGAAGGUCCUGGUGAACACGAUCGUUCGCUGGGCCUCCGAGACCUUCAUCGAGAACCCCAUUCUUAUCAGGGAGAUGUUCAGCCUGUUACUGCGACAGUACAACAGCAUCGGGGAGCUGAUGACGGCCCUGGAGAAGACCUACGUCAUCAGCAGCAACACCAAGAAGGACGUGGAGACCCUGUGGCUGUGCCUGAGUAAAGUGCGAGCUCUCCUGCCCGUACAGAUGUCGCAGGAGGAGGAGGAGCUCAUGAGGGAGUUGCUGUGGACUCUCGUGAACAACCACAUCUUCUUCCAACACCCCGACCUCAUCCGCAUCCUCCGUGUUCACGAGAACGUCAUGGCUGUUAUGAUGAACACCCUCGGACGUCGAGCUCAGGCCCAGAACGAGACCCAAGCCGUCGAGGGCGAGGCCGCGCAAGCCAAGGAGAAGGACACCUCGCACGAGAUGGUGGUCGCCUGCUGCAAGUUCCUUUGUUACUUCUGCCGGACGAGUCGCCAGAACCAGAAGGCCAUGUUCGACCACCUGCCCUUCCUGCUGGAUAACUCGAACAUCCUGCUCUCGAGGCCCUCCCUGCGCGGCACGACUCCGCUCGACGUGGCCUACUCCUCGCUCAUGGACAACACCGAGCUGGCACUGGCUCUCAGAGAGCACCACCUGGAGAAGAUCGCCGUCUACCUGUCCAGGUGCGGUCUCCAGAGCAACAGCGACCUGGUGGAGCGCGGGUACCCGGAUCUCGGUUGGGAUCCUGUGGAGGGCGAGCGCUAUCUCGACUUCCUUCGCUUCUGCGUGUGGGUCGGAGGCGAGAGUGUGGAGGAGAACGCCAACUUGGUCAUCCGUCUGCUGAUCCGCCGGCCGGAGUGCCUGGGUCCCGCACUCAGGGGUGAGGGCGAAGGCCUGCUCUGCGCCAUCAUCGACGCUAAUAAGAUGUCUGAGCGCAUCGCCCUUCAGCGCCUGGGAGCCGAGGCCGAGGGUGUCGUGCCCAUCGAGCACCCAAUGCCCGCGGGAGACGACGACGAGGACUACGUGGACACCGGCGCCGCCAUCCUCAACUUCUACUGCACCCUGGUCGACCUCAUGGGCCGCUGUGCCCCGGAGGCCAACGUCAUCGCCCAGGGCAAGAAUGACAGCCUUCGCGCCCGGGCUAUUCUCCGCUCCCUCGUGCCCCUGGAGGACCUGCAGGGCGUCCUGUCGCUGCGAUUCACACUGUCCAACACCUCCGACGAAGGCAGGAGCGACAUGCCCCCGGGUCUCAUCCCCGCCCACAAGCAGAGCGUCGUGCUCUUCCUCGAGCGUGUCUACGGCAUGAACAACAAGGACCUCUUCUUCAGCCUCCUCGAAGACGCUUUCCUGCCUGACCUGAGAGCCGCCACAGCGCUCGAUAAGUCCGAUGGCUCCGAGUCCGAGAUGGGUCUCGCCCUCAACCGCUACAUCGGAAACUCCAUCCUGCCGGCACUCAUCUCGCACUCCAGCUUCUACGCCGAGGCUGAGGCCCACGCGCCCCUGCUGGAUGCCACGCUCCACACCGUCUAUAGGCUCUCCAAGUGCAAGAUCCUGACGAAGGGCCAGCGAGAGGCCGUGUCCGACUUCCUGGUGGCUCUGACCCGCGAGAUGCAGCCGGCCGCCCUGCUGCCGCUCCUCCGCAAGCUGACCAUUGACGUCUCCAAGUUGUCGGAGUACACCACCGUCGCCCUCAGGCUGCUGACCCUGCACUACGAGCGCUGCGGAAAGUACUACGGCUCCUCCUCCAACACCCCUGGCACCGCCUCCGAGGAAGAGAAGCGCCUGACCAUGAUGCUCUUCACCAACAUCUUCGACUCCCUGGCCAAGAUGGAGUACGACCCAGACCUGUUCGGCAAGGCUCUGCCAUGCCUCUCAGCCAUCGGUUGUUCCUUGCCCCCCGACUACUCGCUCACCCACGGCUACGACGACGAGCUCUACAACACCGCCUCCUGCGCCGAGGGACCCUACAAGCCCGCCCCCAUCAGCACGGAGGAGGUGCAAUUGGACCAGGACAUCGUGGACCUGAUCAACAAGUUCAGCGAGCACUACCACGACGCUUGGGCCUCACGCAAGCUGGAGAGCGGCUGGACCUAUGGGGAAGCCUACUCCAUUGAGGACAAGAUGCAUCCCAGACUCAAGCCUUAUUCUAUGCUGUCCGAUUACGAGCGUGAACGAACGCCGCCCGUGAGAGAAGCCAUCAAGGCCCUUUGCAGCUGGAACGUACGAGAGCAUGGAGAACACGAGCGCCGGCCGUGCACGCCAGGACACCGUAAGUCCUCCGAUCUGUACAACUACAACCCACAACCUGUGGACAUGACCAACCUGACGCUGUCCAGGGAGAUGCAGAACAUGGCCGAGCGUCUGGCUGAGAACGCGCACGACAUCUGGGCCAAGAGGAAGGUCGAGGAGCUGGAGGCCUGCGGUGGCGGCCUGCACCCUCAGAUGGUGCCAUACGACAUGCUGACCGAGAAGGAGAAGCGAAAGGACCGCUUCCGCUCCAUUGAGCUGCUCAAAUACCUUCAGUUCAUGGGCUACAGGCUCAGCAGGAGCGGCGCCGUUGAGGACAGCGGUGCAGGAAGCGCAGGAGCCGUCGAGCGUCGCUUCGCCUACAGUCUGCUCGAGAAGCUGCUGCAGUACCUGGACUGCGCAGCCAUCAACAUGAAGCUGCUGAAGCCCUCUGCUAAUCUCUCCAGGCGAAGCUCCUUCAAGACUUCGACUAAGGAUGUCAAAUUCUUCUCGAAGGUCGUGCUCCCGCUGAUGGAGAAAUACUUCAGCACCAACCGCAAUUACUUCCUGACGGUGGCACAGACAUCGACGAUGGUGGGUGCGGCGUCUCUCAAGGAGAAGGAGAUGGUUGCUUCCCUCUUCUGCAAGCUGGCUAAUCUCAUGCGUCUCAAGAUGGUCUGCUUCGGUUCUGAUACAAAGGUUACGGUGAAGUGCCUGCAGGUGAUCGUGCGUUCCGUCGACGCCAAGACGCUGGCCAAGAGUCUCCCCGAGUUCAUUCGCACGUCGAUGCUCACCUUCUUCAACAACGCAGCCGUCGAUCUGGAGAUGUGCAUCCACUGUCUUCAGGAGAUCCAAGUGUCUGCUACAAGCAUCUUACGGUCGGCUGGUGUACCAGGCUGGACGCAGGCCGGACCUUCUCUCGUAGAAGGCAACAGGACCUUCAUGAAGAGUAGGAGAUUCGAAAACAAGAAGAACCCGGGCAUCCAAACCGCAUUGCGAUCAUGGUCCCUGCAGCCCUCAAGAUCACCACACUCUUCUCUGUCCAUGCUUCAGAAUCAUCGUGAAGAGAGUACAGGCGCAUGCCUCGACGCCCGCGGAAAGGAGAACCGUCUGAAGGAAGAGAGAAGUUCUAGACGACGCAAUCCCCACACACACGAUUCCCCAUCAUCAUCUAUGACGCUUCGGCGCUGCCCAUCUCAGUGCAGGCCGCAGUUCUCACAGAACGAUGUGACAUCAGUGUGGAUCCACACAGUGACCGGAGAACGUGACAGACUCGAAUUCCUGUGGCGCAAGCUCGAACUAAAAUGCCACAGACGCCUUAUGCGCAGCCCAAUCGCGUACGUCGUGCAUAUUCGGUCCCUGGAGACGUGUGAGCACAGUGAUACACGGCAUGUCCUGCGUCCUAGGUUAUGCUGUCCAGGUUGCUGCGUGAGUUAUGGUUCAGACGUGGGGCAAAAGAAGGAGGAGCAUACUCCAGGAGUUCUCCUUAAAGUCCACAUAGCAGAGAUAACAAAGAAUACAGGUAGAAGUCGAGAGCAAACUCUCAAGAGAAGGAAACUGUCAACGAGGGACAUCUAUGCAUUCUAUAUACAUUCUGCUUAUCAAGUUAGCGUCGACCAGAUCGAGAGGAACACUGAAGCUCAAGUCACGGCGAGUGCAGAGGCUGAUGGAGUGUACACCGCGUUCCUCACAGAUAACUUCCAUAUCUGGUCAAACUCACGAAUCGACAACAUGACCCUGAUCAUGCCCACGGCCUCCUCCCGCAACCGCGCCGCCGUCAUGCCCGAGGCGUCGGCUGGAGGCGGCAAGGUAAAGAAGAAGAAGAGGCGCGCCGACGGUAAGAAGAUGAGCAAGGAGAAGGAACUCGCGUCCUCUCUCAUGGUGGCUUGUCUGAAGCGUCUCCUGCCGGUGGGUCUCAACCUCUUCGCAGGUCGGGAACAGGAGCUCGUGCAACACUGCAAAGAGAAGUUCCUUGCGAAAGUACCUGAAUCCGAGAUCUUGGUGUUCGCCAAGACUCAGCUGACGCUGCCCGACAAGAUCGACCCGUCUGACGCCAUGAACUGGCAGCACACGUUAUACUCGCGUCUCGGAGGCGGCCGCGUCCCGAGGGAGGACGACGAGGAGAAGAAGCUGGUCCCGAGCGUAGACGAGACUGUCGAUAACAUCGUCGCCAUGGCUAAGGUCCUCUACGGCCUCCAUAUCAUCGACCACCCUCAGUCGUCCAAGGAAGUCUGGCGUUCAGUCGUGUCCAUCCAACGCAAGCGAGCCGUCAUCGCCUGCUUCAGACAGACGUCCCUCCACAUGAUGCCAAGGCAUCGCGCCGUCAAUCUGUUCCUCCGCACCUACCGGGAGUACUGGCUCUCGGACGAGAACGUGGGCCAGGAGGUCGUCAUCGAGGAUCUGACGCAAUCCUUCGAAGAGGCCGAGAGCAAGAAGAAGGAAGCGGAGGAGGACGACGGCAAGCCCGAUCAGCUGACGCAGCUCGUCACGACCUUCAGCAGGAAAGCGACGACCGAGCACACUGGCGUCUUGGCCGAGGACCCGCUCUACAUGUCUUAUGCCGACAUCAUGGCUAAGUCAUGCGGCGAAGAAGAAGAGGAAGGAGAGGAAGAAGGAGGAGGAGAGGAAGAAGGAGGCAAUGAGGACCCAGCAGCUGCUCUUAAUGAACAAGAGUUGGAGAAACAGAAACUGCUGUUCCACCAGGCGAGACUGUCCAACAGAGGCGUCAGCGAGAUGGUGUUGCUGCACGUCUCUGCCGCCAGAGGUCAGCCCAGCGAUAUGGUUAUGAACACACUCAAGUUGGGCAUCUCCAUUCUGCGCGGUGGCAACGUGGACGUCCAGGCGGCUAUGCUGAACUACCUGAAGGAGAAGAAGGACGCCGCGUUCUUCCUGUCCAUCGCCGGCCUCAUGAAUUCCUGCUCCGUGCUCGACCUGGACGCCUUCGAGCGCAACACGAAGGCAGAGGGCCUGGGCGUGGGCGCCGACGGGUGCGCGGGCGAGAAGAACAUGCACGACGCCGAGUUCACCUGCGCCCUCUUCCGCUUCAUCCAACUCACCUGUGAAGGCCACAACCUCGACUGGCAGAACUACCUGAGGACACAGGCAGGAAACACCACGACGGUGAACGUGAUCAACUGCACCGUCGACUACCUGCUGCGCCUUCAGGAGUCCAUCAUGGACUUCUACUGGCACUACUCGUCCAAGGAAAUUAUUGACCCUGCCGGCAAGGCCAACUUCUUCAAGGCCAUUGGUGUUGCUAGCCAGGUGUUCAACACCCUGACUGAGGUGAUCCAGGGCCCGUGCGUGGGCAACCAGCAGACGCUCGCUCACUCCCGUCUGUGGGACGCCGUCGGCGGCUUUCUCUUCCUGUUCGCCAACAUGCAGGACAAGCUCAGCAAGCAUUCCUCCCAGGUGGAUCUGCUGAAGGAUCUGCUCAACCUCCAGAAGGACAUGGUCAUCAUGAUGCUCUCUAUGCUUGAGGGUAACGUGGUAAAUGGUACCAUUGGUAAGCAGAUGGUGGACACCUUAGUGGAAAGCGCUUCUAAUGUCGAGCUGAUUCUGAGGUACUUCGAUAUGUUCCUAAAACUGAGGGACCUCACGAGCUCGACCACCUUCCAGGAACUCGACACCAACAAGGAUGGCACUGUCACGCCCAUCGAGUUCAAGGAGAAGAUGGAACAGCAGAAGAACUACACCACCGAGGAGAUCAACUUCCUCCUCAUGUGCUGCGACACGAACCACGACGGCAAGAUCGACUACGUGGAGUUCACCGAGCGCUUCCACAACCCGGCUAAGGAAAUCGGCUUCAACUUGGCCGUGCUGCUGACUAACCUGUCCGAACACAUGCCCAACGAACCUCGACUUGCGCGCUUCCUUGAGACUGCCGGCUCUGUCCUGAACUACUUCGAGCCUUUCCUGGGCCGAAUCGAGAUCAUGGGCAGCUCGAAGCGCAUCGAACGCGUGUACUUCGAGAUCAAGGAGGAGAACAUCGACCAGUGGGAGAAGCCUCAGAUCAAGGACUCGAAGCGCAGUUUCUUCUACGCCAUCGUCACAGAGGGAGACAAGGAGAAGCUGGAGGCCUUCGUCAACUUCUGCGAGGACGCCAUCUUUGAGAUGCAGCACGCCACCGCCCUGAUGGAAGAGGAAGACGACGCCAUGUCCAAGAAAUCGAACGCGGACGGCCUCAAGUACCUCAGUGAAGACGAAGAAGAAAAGACCGGCAUGGACCUGAUCAAGUCGAAGAUCGGAGGCGUGAAGGACCAGAUGCUCGAGGGCCUCUCGGUCUUCGCUCCUUCCAACCUCAAGAAGAAGAUCAAGGAAAUCAAGCAGAUGUCCUCCACCGAACUCGCAGUUGGCUUCUGUCGCCUCCUGUUCCUCAUCAUGUACCACAGCGCGUUUGGAGUGGUCUACGUGUUGCGCAAAGUGUGGCAGGCUCUCAUGGGUCUCAUGCAAGGACCUCCCGCGGAAAAGGCUGAAGAAAAGGAAGAGAAAGCAGGGCCGUUAGUACCGUUAGCAGUACCGGCGUUACCAGAAAUACCGGAAGGAGAUGCUGCGCCGCCCGCUGAAGAAGGCAAAAAACCGGAAGGCGAACAAUUAUCCCUGGAGGCCGCGGAUUUGACGCAAGAGGAGAAGGUGAAGCCCAUCUUAGACGCCCUGGCUGACCUCAAGGAGGACAUCACUGCCGAAGAGGCGAUCUCGGCUGCCAAAUUGGCUGAGAAGAAGGAAGUGGAGACCGCACAGGCCGCCGCCAUGGAGGAGGCCGAGGUGGUUGAGAGCUCCGCCGCAGCAGAACCUCCACCCGUGGCUCAGGUCGAUCUCAGUGGCUACAACAAGCGAGCUGUCAGCUUCCUGGCCAGGAACUUCUACAACCUGAAGUACGCUGCUCUGGUGCUUGCCUUCUGCAUCAACUUCAUUCUUCUGUUCUUCAAGGCUACCGUAGUCGAAAUCGAGGAGGAGGAAGGCGAAGACACGGACGUCAACAACCCGUUCGCGUUCGGAUCUGGAGACCUCCUGGGAUCCGGCGACGAAGCGGUUCUCGGGGACGACGCAGCGGAUGAACUCGGCUCGGGCAACUUCACCCUCGGAGAAGACGACGACGAAGACGAGGAAGAUGAAGAGGAAGAGGAAUGGAUCCACAUGGACGACCGCUACUUCUACCUGUCCCACAUCUUGAGGUUGUUGACCACCACUCACUCCAUUGUCGCGCUCUGCAUGCUGCUCGCUUACUACCAUCUCAAGAUCCCGCUGGUGAUCUUCAAGCGCGAGAAGGACGUGGCCCGACGACUGGAGUUCGACGGUAUCUACGUGGCCGAACAGCCCGAGGACGACGACAUCAAGGCCCACUGGGACAAGCUGGUCAUCUCGGCGAAGAGCUUCCCCAACAACUACUGGGACAAGUUUGUGAAGAAGAAGGUCCGUGAGAAGUACAGCGAGACCUACGACUUCGACGCCAUCUCGAACCUCUUAGGAAUGGAGACGACCAUGUCCUUUAAGCAAGAGGAAGUGCCAACGGGCAUCAUCGGAUACCUUUCUUCGGUCGACUGGAAGUACCAGAUCUGGAAGGCAGGCGUCACCAUCACUGACAAUCAAUUCUUGUACAACCUUUGGUACCUGACCUUCUCCUUGCUGGGCAACAUCAACUACUUCUUCUUCGCUGCUCACUUGCUCGAUGUGGCUGUGUCCAUCCCGUCACUGAAGACGAUCUUGCAGUCCGUCACCCACAACGGCAAACAGCUCAUCCUCACCUGCAUGUUGCUGACGAUUAUCGUGUACUGCUACACUGUCAUCGCCUUCAACUUCUUCAGGAAAUUCUACGUGUCAGAAGAGGAUGAUGUUGUCGACCAGAAGUGCCACGACAUGUUGACGUGCUUCGUGUUCCACUUGUACAAGGGCGUGCGCGCUGGUGGUGGUAUUGGUGACGAGAUCGAGGCUCCCGACGGCGACGAGUACGAGUUCUACCGUAUCGUCUUCGACAUCACCUUCUUCUUCUUCAUCAUUGUCAUCUUGCUGGCUAUCAUUCAGGGUUUGAUCAUUGACGCCUUUGGUGAGCUGAGAGACCAGCUGGAGUCGGUGAAGGAGAACCUGGAGAGCAACUGCUUCAUCUGCGGUAUAGGCAACGACUACUUCGACGCGGUACCGCAUGGCUUCGAUAUGCACACGCAGAAGGAGCAUAACUUAGCUAAUUACAUGUUCUUCUUGAUGCAUUUGAUCAACAAAGAUGAGACGGAGUACACGGGACAGGAGACGUACGUCUGGAACAUGUACCAAGAAAGGUGCUGGGACUUCUUCCCCGUCGGCGACUGCUUCAGGAAGCAGUACGAGGAAGAGCUCUCUGGCGGAGCGUCUGCCAGUUGAGCUUAGACAGCCACUCAGCUCUUGUAGUAGUUAGGAUUUGUUUUAUUUGUUCGGGAAGAGCGAUCAAAUGUGGUUUAUGCUAGGUAUUUUUUAUAAACGUGUAUUAGACCCACGGCAAGCUGUUAGAAGUUUCGUUGUAUUGGCAAUUUAAAAACCGCAUUUGGUAUUAGACUGUAGCUGAGAGAAACAUCAAAAGAUAUUUAUACAGUAUAUAAAAUAUUGGUGUUAGCGAGGAAUUAGAAAAAAAAUUGAGAAAGAAAAUCGACGGUGAUGUGGGCUGCCAUGCGUGAGGCUCGUGCUCGGCUAUCUCACCUGCUUGAUACCUGGCCGAAAUCUUCCACAUUGGCUCUUGAUUUUAAGCCUCACUCAUGGUCGUCCAGAUAAGUUGUUGUAAAUCCUUGUUUUUUGGGGAAAGUCGUGCGAUGUAUUUAUUUAUUUAUUAUUUCGUAAUCUAUUUUUGAGGGGGGAGAUAUUGUAUUGAAAGGAAUGGGAAAUUUACAAGAUUACUGUCAGCGCCACUGUAUAUAGAACCGCUGGUUUUAUGUACAUUCCGCAAAGUUAUUGUUAACAUAGAUGUACUAGGAAAAUUAUAUGAAUUUAGACUUAUUGAAUUAUAUGAUGUUAAAGCAUGGGAAACUACAACCACGUGUUAGUUUGGUGAACUAGAGGUACACUGGAUACGUGAUUGAUUCAGAGAGUACAUUUUUUAUUUCCUUGAAUCAAAUUGAACGAAUGCAUUGCCGUUAGUUAAAACUCUGUGUACAGUGGUGAACUCCUCCAUAUGGUUCAAGGAAAAUGACUUAUUUUGUUAAUAUGUUCACAAGCAAGUAGUUCACUUUUGAAAGUGGUGUCUCUACUUUAGGGAGAGUUCUAGAAGUAGUUGUGGACGUGUGUGCGUGUGGGUGUGGGGCUACAUGUUGCUCUCCCCCCCACCCCCACGGACUUGGGCUCACCCCCAUCGGCUGUCCCCACCAGCCAGGAAGAGGCGACCCCCCCUCCCCUCCUCAUCAGCCACCCCCACCCAAUACCGCACACAUCUUCAUCACAAUGUCCGUUAUUUGUCGCAGAAAUUGUAUGAUAAUCCUUUCAUGAGGCCUUAGUAGUGAGUACUAAGUACUAUGAUGAGUACUAUGGAGUCUGUGUUAAUACUGAGCUUUGUGUUUCAUCGAGUCUAGUCAGUGUUGUUUUAGGUGUAAUGGAUAACUCUCGUCUAAGAUGAUGAUUGUGCUCUUGAGAAUCUUUUGUUGUUGAUAAAUAAUGCACAUGUUGUUAUGCAAUCAGAAUUCAGGCAGCGGGACCUUUGCUUCCUCCCCAAAGCCGACGGUGUACACUUUCCGUGCGCAAGAAGCCAGUGCUUGAUCCAGACACGCAUAUCAAAUAAUAUGAAUAACAAAAUAGGUGAGGUGAUCAUGGGCGGCAAAAGAUUAUAAAAAAUCAAAUGGAAGCCCACCACCCCACCCGCAAACUGGCUUGGAAUCUUCCUUGUUCCCUCCCGGCUCCCAGGACCUUCCUCCCCCGCCUUCGUUGCCUCAGAUAUCUUGUAAACUGCGCCCGCGACCCGCAAGUCCCCCUACCACCACCAUCCCCCUCCCCGGGUGUCGGAGGAACCUCCAGUCUCGCGUUUCGGGUUCUCUGAGAAGCCCGAAUCUCGCGUGAAGGAGAAUUCGUGAGUCCUUUCCUCCCUCUUCCUUCGAGUCAUGAAACUUCGAAGCAUGACCCUUAUGACCAUGCAGGCACAACGCAUGAACUUUUUUUUAGUUGUUGGUCACGAACCAGGUUACUCAUUCUCGUCCUCAAGGAACAGUUUCUUGUGAUUUUCUGUAGCCAACCAUUACUCCAACCUCUCGAUACAUUAAUCACACCGUUCAGAGGAGGCUGAGUACCCUGGGUGUCCUCCGAAGGUAGUCACGACCUGUAACGUGAUGAGGCAGGUCGACGUGACCCCUGACCUUACCGAUGCAGUCAAUCUCUGAAUCUGUGAAACCUCCGAACCCGGGACGGGAUUGCUAUGCAUUGUAGGCAUCGAGUAUUCGAUUGAAUUUUUACAUAGUUUUACUCUUUAGUUAAUAAAUAUCACAACUGAUA